AUGUCNAAAUAAAGAUAUUAUGAAUUAUAAGCAAAUUAUGAAAAAAUAUUGGCUAAAGCAACAGAGUUGGAAAGAUUGAUUAAUGAGGAUAUUAAAACUGAAGGUAGAGAUGACUCUUAUAAAUUAAAAAAAAAUGUAAAAGAAUUGGAAGCAAAUCUAAAGAUACUUGAAUCUUAGUUUAGUAAACAUGAAGAAGAAUUUGUUUCACAAUUAACUAAUGUAGCAUAUGUUGCUAAAAAUAAGAGAGAAACAUGUUAGGCAUAAAUUAGAAACAGAUUGGCAAUGAAUGUGAUUGCCUAAUAACCAGGAGAUAUGGCAUUUAGUUUAAUGUUUUCAGAUCAUCCCUGGGUACCAAUUUUUUGUGUUCGAUAAUUAAUGUAAUACUAUGAUGAGCCUCCCUACGUUGUUGAGGAAGAUAAUAAACUAGAAUUAUUACACAAAGUGCUGAUGAUGGAGUAAUCUAGGGUAAGUCCAUGUCAACAAUUUAUAGAUUAUUAUUAAAAGUUUCCUGAACUCUACAAGAAUAUCAUCACUAUUCUUGAACCUUUUGAAGAGGCAACUUAAGCUGCAGUGUAAUUAAAUAAUUUAUGUUCUAUUUUUUUCAAUAUUCAGGGAGUUGAAACAAUAGAGAUCUACUAUAUCAAUCAAAUAAAAAGAAUUUAUUAGGAAUUUUAUGCUUAUAUCUUGAAUGUGCAAUAACAUUCAAAAAAUCCAGAAUAAAUUAAAUUAUAGGUUGAAAUGGAGGAUGAAAAUUUGAAACAUAAAAUUGUCAAGUUAAAUUUAAAUUAUGGAAAAUCCACUUUGAUGUUCACUAUAAGCAAGCAAUUUUUAGAAACAUAUUUCUCUUAAUUUCAAAUCCAGGCUCAAUUAUAACAAAUCUUUGAUACUCGAAAGGAUAUAACUAUGUUACAUUUAUUAUCUAUUUAUGCAACAGAAUUGUCGAAACAAUCUAAGACUUUAUUUGAGAAUAAAUUACAGAAUUUUAAUGUGCCUGAUGUAGAUUCACUAGGUAAAUACAUAGCUUAUGAGAUAUUCCCAGAAUUUAAGUUAGACCCAAAUCUUGUAUAAUCCUACAUAAUCCAUAGGUAUUAUUAUUUAUAAGAACAAUAAAUCAAGUUUAACAAAGAGUAUUUGUAUAGAAACUAAUCUACAACUUCAAACUAAAUAUUAGAUAGAGAAUCAAUAAUUAAUGGGGUCAAAUAGCUUAGAUAAUCACUCUUAUUUAAUCCUUUGCUAUUGAUUUCACAAAACGUAGUGGCACCUUCACAAUCAUCAAAAUAACCUAGAAGACAAUCUUCUGUUUAAUAAUGA